AUGACUGAACCAGAAGAUCUCGAGGAAGAUCUCUUUGCUGAUCUUUACGAUGCAGAUGACAGCGCGCAGCGCGCAGCUCCCCCAGCUGCUACGCCAAGUUUUCCAGAACCCCAGCCGCCACCGCAAACUGAAACGAACACGUCCACGGCACAGCAACCAACUAGCGACAAUAACCAAAGCCAUCAUAUAGAAAUUCAGUCGGAGCAGCAGCAUUUGAUGAAUGGCGACCAACGAAAUGGUGCUAAUGAACCGACGCAGAUGACACAGGAAAGUGAUCAUAUUCAAAGCCAUGUAGAGUCAGGAAGUCAUGGGAGUCAUGGAACCGGUAUUAAAGAAGAUGGCAAAAUGUUUAUCGGGGGGUUGAACUGGGAGACAACUGACCAAUCACUCAAAGACUACUUUUCCCAGUUCGGAGAAGUUCAAGAAUGCACUGUAAUGCGUGACGGCGCCACCGGACGCUCAAGGGGAUUCGGCUUCCUCACUUUCAAAGAUCCCAAGACUGUGAACACUGUGAUGGUGAAAGAACAUUAUCUGGAUGGUAAAAUUAUCGACCCGAAACGCGCCAUUCCUAGAGAUGAACAGGAGAGGACAAGUAAAAUAUUUGUCGGUGGAGUUAGCCAAGAAGCAACAGAGCAAGACUUUAAACAGUUUUUUAUGCAGUUUGGUCGCGUCGUGGAUGCCACUCUCAUGAUCGAUAAGGAUAGCGGCCGGCCUCGAGGGUUCGGGUUCGUAACCUUUGACAGCGAGGCAGCUGUUGAAGCGACCCUAUCUGGCCCGCUAGAAAUCCUCGGGAAACCGAUCGAGGUCAAGAAGGCGCAGCCGCGCGGGAAUAUGCGGGACGAUGACGACCGAGGCAGGGGUUCGCGCCGCGGCAUGAGAGAUCAACAGGAUCGUUAUGGUAGGGACAAUGAUCGCUCUGCUGGUCAGGAGAAUUCGCAACAACAAAACACCCAGAGUCAAGGAGGCUUGACAAGUGGCAUGAGCCCGCAAAUGAUGGCACAAUACUGGCAGCGUAUGCAACAGUAUUUCGCCCUAAUGCAGCAACAAAUGGCUGCUGCCGCCGCUCAGGGCCAACCUGCUGGAGGCGCAAUGGGGAUGGCGGGUAUGAAUCCGGCGAUGUUACAACAGAUGAGCGCGAUGGGUGGUAUGAGCGGAGGAGCACCUCAGGGAGCGAUGAGUCCUGGAUCUCAAGUCCCCGGUGCCCAAGUGAUGCAAGGCAUGAUGAAUCCAGCCAUGAUGCAGCAGAUGCAGCAUAUGCAACAGAUUCAGAACCAGGGCCAGGGCCCGGGUCCGGGUGGAUCUGGAUUUGGAGCAGGCGGAAUGGGAGGACAGAUGAACAAUGCCAUGGCCGCUGGACCCGGUCCAGGUCCUGGUAUGGGCGGAAAUAUGGGAGGCGCAGGCGUUGGUGGGAGUGUAGGAGGACCGCCACCGGGUGGAAUGGCGGGCGGCGGCGGUCCCAAUAUGGGUAUGAGCGGCCCGGGUGGCAGCUUUUCCGGCCCAAGAGGCGGCCCUGGGUACAAUGCUCAGGAGCAAAUUGCUUUUGAGCAGCAAAAGUACGAACAGCAACAAGCACGCAGAGCCAUCGAGUCAUCUCGAGGAUUUGCUCCGUACCAACAAGGUGGUCCUACUUCCUGGGAAGGAAUGUACGAUGACGUCCCGCAGCCAAAUAUCCCAACUGGUCCACAGAGCGGCGGUAGCAUGGGCCGGGGAGGUGGAGGAGGUAUGGGCCGUGGAAUGUCACCAAGCCACGGUAUGCCACCACAGCAUGGUGGUGCUCGGCCAUCGCCUGGUAGCAACAAAAGCAUAACACCACAGCCACAAAGCGCGCCGCCAGCGAAUGCACCUACCGGGCCGCGAAACGCGGGGAAACCAGGGGCGAACUACCGUGGCGGAGGCCGGGGUGCUCAUCGGGGAUUCCAUCCUUAUGCUCGCACUUGA